AUGGCUUCAUUACUCGAUGGCGGUAUCGCUUUCAUAACGGGAGCCGGCUCAGGAAUCGGCAGAGCCACCGGCAAACAGUUCGCGCACUACGGGGCCAAGGGCCUGGUGUUGACCGACAUCAACGAGGGCGGGCUGCAGCAGAGCAAAGCGGAGAUCCUGGCGCAGUACCCCAAGGUCGAGAUCGAGACGAUAAAACUGGACGUCACGAGCGAGGAGUCCAUCAUCUCGGCCCACCAGGCGGCGGUUCAGCGGUUCGGACGCAUCGACUACGCCGUCAACAAUGCAGGCACGCCCGGCCACAUGAUCGCCAGUGCGCAGUCGAGCUACGCCGAAUUCAAGUUUGGCGUCGACGUCAAUUUGUUUGGCGUGUGGAUGUGUCAGCGGGAGCAGUUGAAGCUGAUGGAAGCCCAACAACCUGAUCAGAGAGGUGCAAGAGGUUCCAUUGUCAAUCUCUCGUCCAUCUACGGCCACACCUGCGGGAAGAAUACGACAUCUUACUGCGCGGCGAAACAUGCCGUCCUGGGGAUCACGAGAAGUGAUGGUGCCAACUACGCCAAAAGCGGCAUCCGCGUCAACGCUGUCUGCCCGGGAUACACGGACACGCCGAUGCUCCGAAUGCCAGGUGCGGGCUCUUCGGUGGGAAUGGACGAGUAUCUGAAAGUUUGUCCUAUGGGACGCCUGGGGGAAGCACGAGAGAUUGCGGAUACUAUCGUCUUCCUGUCUUCGCCUAUGGCGAGUUACAUCACGGGACAAGAUAUCCCCGUUGACGGUGGAUUCCUGAUUGUUUGA